AUGAGCUGUUCCAGCUGCACAAGAGGGCGACGAAGAGGCAGCCUCCAGUGCGGAGGCCGAUGCGGCGGCGGCCACCGCCAUGCACGGGCCCAUCAAGCCGGAGGAGGCUGCCGGGUCCUCGCCAGUGCAACCAAGGAUCUGAACGGCGACGGCGUGCUCGAGGAAGGCGAGCUGGUGCGCCUGAACGAGCAGAUCGCGCUGCUUCACCACGGCGAGGAGGCCGACACCGCGGCAGUCAGGCCCGACGGGCGGGUGCAGCAACGGGAGGGCAACGGCCCCAAGCCGGGGGUGCUUCUCGGAGGAGGGCAUGCGGCCCAGGCCCCAGGCAACAGCUGGGCCUGUUUUGGGGCACCAGCUCCCCAUCCCCUGCUGCCAUCGCAAAUUUAG